AUGGACGGACGGAAGGAUGGACCCGAGCUGCUCCGGACCUGCAGGGCUCGUCUGAAAGCGAGAGGGGACAUGGAGGGGGAGUCCGAAGCCCCAGACGACCUGGCCGGGAGCGGAGAUCGGAGCCCGGGCGCCCCGGGCCCCACGGGCGCAGCCCCGCACGGGGACUGGCACUACCAGUUCCGCAUCGUGGUGCUGGGCGACGCGGCCGUGGGCAAGACGGCGCUGCUGCGGCGCUACGCGGAGGGAGGCUUCGGGCCUGGCCCGGGCCCCACCGUGGGCGUCGAGUUCUACAGCCGCGCCCUCCACCUGCCGCCCGCCCUCACCGUCAAGCUGCAGCUGUGGGACACGGCCGGGCACGAGCGCUUCAGGUGCAUCACCAGGUCCUUCUACAGGAACGUGGUGGGCGUGCUGCUGGUCUUCGACUCCAGCAACCGCAGCUCCUUCGAGCACAUCCCGGACUGGUACCGGGAGGUGACGGCGGCGCAGGGGCCGGAGAAGGCCGUCUUCCUGCUGGUGGGCCACAAGAGCGACCUGCGGGGCCCCCGCCGGGUGCCCACCCGGGAGGCGGAGGAGCUGGCGGCCUCCCUGGGCAUGGACUUCGUGGAGGCCUCGGCCAAGACCGACAGCAACGUGAGCCUGGCGUUCGACACGCUGGUCUCCGCCAUCCGGCGGGCGCUGCGGCGGGGGGACAUCCGGCUCGGGGGCGGCUGGGACGGGGUGAGGCUGGUCCGCGGGGCCCGGGCACCCGGCCCCCGCGGGGCACGGAAGGCGCCAGGCCCGUGCCGGUGCUGA